AUGAACCUCCAGACAGCCGAGGCAGGUGAGAGGAACUGGCUUGGCAUUCCUAAGCAGAUCAAGUACACCUUCGACACCAAACCAUCGGAGCCCCGAAAGCCCUCCAAACCAGUAUAUCUGAAGGAUGCACUGCGAAUCAGAUCGCUCUUCCAAGAUCAGUCCAAUGUCAUCGGUCAUCUUGUGCGGUUGGACACUCUGGAUCUUCCACCUGAGAUGGUGGCGGUGUUAUGCCCACGCCAGCCGUCUCUAAAGGCCUCGACCGAGGAGCAUUUUGAACAGAACCCAGACGAUUCUGCAGCUCUCACUGAGUACUCCACAAACCUCAUGAGGGGGAUCAUCAGGCGUGAGUCUGCUGCUAUGGACCCCUUAGAGGGCAGGAAAAUAUAUUCUUUGGAUGUUACGCGAGAUUAUGCAAUUCCAGCCGUAACCAGAUACGUCGCCGAUUUCCUGGGGUUGGGCCACAUGGUCAGAAGCGAAGCCAACCCCUUGGUAAAAUAUUCCGAGAACGAUCUCUACCAACACAUUACAAACUGCCAAGUAUACCUCUCAUACAAUGCAGACGAGACAAGAUUGCUGAAGCGGCGUUUAGCUUUCAAAAGGUCCAUGAGAUUUCUGUACAGGCUGGUGUUGGAAGAAGGCAUCAUAGUGGAAGCGAACAAGAGCAUGAUCAUAAGGAAGAUUUCUUCUUUCAGACGAUGGCUCUUUGGAAGUCACAGGGAUCACACCAACCCAAUGACAACACUGGGGCUUACUGUUGCAACACACAUACUGACAAAUGAGCCUGAGCUGGGCAAAGCCGCUGGCAUAUUUCUGCUCGUGGGUCUUGAUAGCGCUUACACCUCCCUGUUGGCAUUUACUUCUGUUCUCAGCAUGUUCCUCGAUGAUCUAUACGAUCUGAGAGCAGAGCUUGAGCGGAGGGAAGUAGAGCCUGCCGGCCAAACCAUUUGCGACUGGCUCAAGAUCCAGGAGCUUGCAGUAUCCAAUGGCAGUGAUAACGAUGACGAGGCACUCAGGACUCUGGUUCUCAACGCCCAGCGAUCCAGCGUAAAGCUACCAGCCGUUCGCGUCGCCACUGGGAAUAUCCAAGUCAAGUUAGGGGAUCGCGAGGGGACUGUUCUCAGCCUUCAGCCGGAUGACACUAUUAUUUGUGACAUUACAGCAUCUUGCUGGGACGCCGAGCUCCCCACCUACCAAUCCAACUUUUCGCAUCAAUUUGCCACCUACCAGCCCAAACAUGUGGCAGUUCUAGGCUUGGUUACCAUGAUCAAAGUAUUGGCACAACUCAAAAACCUACGCCUUGGACAUGACACGCAAGGCAAGCUCAAGAGGAUCAAGCUCGACUCCUCGUACGAAGGAUUCUCUAAUUUUAUGGCCCCACAGCGCGUAAAAAGUAUCAAGGCUGCUGUGGAGCAGAAAACCGUCGAGAUUGAGACACUGCUUCAGGAGCUGUCACAUGCCCACCCCGAAGAGAGAUUGGAAAAAGAGAAGUCGCUGGUGAAAGAAAGGUCAAGGGUCAAAGGAGUAUAUGACAGUGACCGAAUCUUGAAGCCGGCCACAGACAUGUAUGUUACGCCCCAAGCGUAA